AUGGCCGAUUCGGCUUCCGCAAGAAGAGAGGCGAGAAAGCGAAGACUUUUACUGAGUUCGGAGGAAAGGUUAAAGAAAAUCAUUCAGCUGAAUGAAAACGCAAAAGGUCUGGAUUUGUCUACAGUCGUCGGAGUGACCAAUAUGGAUUGUGGUAGCAGUGACCCAGCCUUCAAUAAACGCAAAUUUGUUGGCUCUGACAGUGACGUAUCUGUUGAUGGUCCAAGAAAGCAGAUUUGUACAGACAGCGUCAAGCGCAUGAUUCACUGCGAGGAGCAGACGAGUCAUCAGGUGCAGUCUUCCACGCUCAUCAUUAAUCUCCUCAGUGACAUCCAGUCAAGGCUGGUGACCAUCCAAGACAAAGUUGACAGAAUCGACCAAAAGCAGAGUGCGAUGGAAACCAUGCAAGGAGUCAUGGACCACAAACAAGAUCAGCUCCAUGAAAUGAUCGUGGGUUUGAAGGCUGCUCCAGAUCUGCACUCCGAGGCAUCUAUCGCAGAAACACCAGUUCCAUCCCAGCCUUCAACCUCAACCGCCCAAUCAUCCCCAUCAACUUCAACCACCACGUUAUUUCCAGCAACCGCAGGCACUCAAUCUGUGGUAUCGAGCUAUUCCACAUCCCUCCCUCUACCAGCGAGGUUCGUCGCUGGGCCCGAGUCUGGAACUUUUCUUCUCGGUGGUUCAGAAACUCUCGUCCGUUCUGUAGCAGACUACAAUACAGCUCUGUAUAAAGUACAGACACAACGUCGCUUGGCAACGAACAAGCAAAAAGCAAGAUUUCUGUGCAUACACCUGCUAAAGUGUGAGUUUCCCAGACAUGAACUUGCCCUAAAGAACUUGACUGGAAAUUCUAGAGACGAUAACAACAAAAGAUGUAAAAUCCCACAACUCGACAGAAACAUUAUUCAAAGCAUUUUCAUACAAGCACAAACGCAAUUUCCCGAUUUCACGGAUUGGUACACCGAUACAAAUUGCAAGACAGUUGAGGCAAUGAACGAAUGUUGUAAGCGAGCUCGCUACCAAUUAAAGAAAGUUCUUCCCAUAAAACAAGAACCCACAGACAUCUGAAUUUGAUCCAAAACUGUUUUUCUUACAAAUCAGUUUUUUUUUAACUUAGUGUGGGCCCUUCUUUAUAAGAACGUCUUCAGAGGAAAGAACCGCAGACUGUGUGUGAUUAUAAUUGUAAAUAAUUUGUGUAGAGAAAGUAGUUUCCUAUUUUAAAAUUACUUGAAGAAAUUAAAAGGAGAAAAUUCCUUUCAAAUUAAUAAAUGUUAACUGGAUGUCAACAAUGAGCAAGCUUGGGUGAGUGUCUAGACUGACUGUGACAUACAUGUACCCCUCGAGUUGACCAUAUCGACCAUGCACCAGUGCAUGGUUCGAUAUAGUCAAUCUCCCUGUGCUCUAUGGUAAGCUUGGGCGAUAUCGAUUUAUUUUAUUCACAAUAUAUC